CGCGCGCUCAGUUACUCUGUGAUACUACAUCUUGCGGCCUCAUCGACCGACGAUAUAAUAUUUCGAGCAAAAAUAUGUGUAUUCGAUAGAAACCGUCUGUGAUAUAGCAUUAAGUAUAGUGAUAAUAGUGACGUUUUAAUCAAGAGAAUACAUAAGGAUUUUCAUGAAUAUAAUUCAAAAUGAUAUUACUCAGAAUAUUUAUGUACACUGUGUUGGCAAUAUUGAGUACCUCUACGAUAGUGCAAUGUGUGAGUGUAUUAGGGCCGCGUAUACUUCGGCCACAUAGCUCGUAUAAAGUAUCAAUAGCAGGAGGAUCUCGGGCACAUAACUUGUAUGUGGCCGUAGAGGGGAAGAGAUCGACAGGAGAACAAUUUACACAAGGGAGAGAGGUUCAGAUCCCGGCCGCUACCUCAAAACUUAUUAAUAUUGAAAUCAAUGACCCUGGGCCUGGUAAAUAUAAGCUGGUAGCCAGGUCAACAUCGGGACCUCAGUUCUCAUCGUCAGCACCCUUGGUGUACCAACCUCGCAGUUUUUGCAUCUUCGUACAAACAGACAAAAAAGCGUACCAGCCUGGCGACACUCUUAACUUUAGAGUUAUUGCUUUAGACAAGUACCUGUUGCCGCUGUCGAAUGCUGUGGAUGUUAGUAUUUUGGAUACGGGAGGGUCUCCUGUGAGGCAAUGGGCUGGAGUAGCUUUGGACAGGGGAGUGUUCAGCGGGGAACUCGUGCUCGCAGACGAACCUGCUUUGGGGCAAUGGACCGUACAGGUGGAAGUCCGGGGUCAAAUAUACUCAAAGCAUAUUAUGAUCGCAGAUUAUGUUCUGCCAAAAUUCCAAAUGGAUAUGGAUAUACCUAAAGAGGUAUUGUUUAGUGAAGGCUCUUUCAAUAUAAACCUCACAGCAAAACAUUUCAACGGACUCCCCGUAACAGGGGAACUCACAAUAUCUGCAUACGCAGUGUUCUUCUCGAAUCUUCUACAGCCCGUGUUUUCGAACCCCGCUCGUAAAGUGAUCGACUUCAAUGGCAAUGCCAUAGUUCCCUUUAACUUGAAGACUGACCUCGAUCUAGCCGAGGACGCCGCAAGACCACUAGUAGUUGAGGCUGUACUAGAGGAAAAAGAUACAUUAAUAAAACAAAAUGUAUCUACGAGGAUAUUGCUGUUACGUACUCCUUAUCGACUGAAAAUCACAGCACCUGACUAUUUCAAGCCAAGACUGCCUUUUAAUGUCCAAAUUGAACUGGUAAACUCUACUGGGCAUACAUUAGACGUAUCAGACGAUGUCUCCGUGGAGAGACUGUGGGAUGAUGGUGCUCCAGUUAACAUCACCAAUAUUGCUCUCAAGAAUGGAUUCGCUAUGUACUCUAUAACACCAGACAUAGCACACACUAAUUCGACCCUUAAUAUUGUGGUUAAAUAUAAAGAGGUAUCAGAGCGUAUAGUGAACGUUCAAAAAAGUCUAUCUCCUGGAGGACAGUACAUCACUUUAGAAGUGCUAUCAAGUCAUACAUCAGUCGAUGACAAAAUACAUGCUAAGAUAGUGGCCACAGAGCCCAUGGACAUUAUUCAUUAUGUUGUUAUUGGAAGAGGUGAUAUUGUCGUCGCUAAAUCGCUAGAGCUGAAUCCACCUCUCCGUACAAUAGACAUUACCAUACCAGUAACAUCAGCCAUGGCGCCAGGCUGCACGUUACUAGCGUGGUACCCACGAUUGGACUCCGCUGAUCGACUGCUUGCUGCUGCUGUGUAUGUGCCUAAUGAUAAACUGCUGCAGAAUAAGGUGACAGUAACUCCCGUAUCAUCGAGUUCAGUAUUCCGACCCAACGGUUUGGUCGAGUUCCGUGUGACAGGAGAGCCUGGUUCCCAGGCUGGGUUACUCGGAAGCGAUGUGAAAGCUAUCGCUAGUGGCCUUGCUGAUCCGUUGGGAAGUGGGCUGGAUAUGCAUACGAUCGAACGAGAAGUGGAGAGUUUCAUUGGUAUAAAGCACUCCAUUUUCAAAAACGAAGACACAUUACCGGGAAUGGGUUUCGAUUUGGGCGGUCGUUCUACUGUGGAUGUGUUUCAUAACGCUGGUGUUGUGAUUUUAACUGAUGGUAUUGUUACCAGUAAUGUACAAGAACCCGAAGCAAUAGAAACCGGUACACGUGCACCGAGCGCUGGCCCGUACGCAUUCAGCCGUGUUCCCACGCCGCCUUCUCCGCGCCUGCACCUCUCCGCCAGCGCUCACAACACGUGGAUGUUCAACAAUUUGUCUAUCGGAGACGAUGGCAAAGGCUCCAGGGAGGGUUGGUCUCCAUUAACUCCCGGUAGUUGGUCCGUAGGAGCAUUCGCUAUACAUCCUACCUUAGGUCUAGGUCUUGCACCUCCACAACAAUUUACUACCACAGUCCCAUUGACAAUAACAGCAGAACUACCCGAAACACUACAAAAGGGAGAAACCUUAGCUGCCGUUGUGACAUUGAAAAGUUCGCUAUCCUUGGACACGUCUAUUGAAAUCACAUUCCACAACUCCGACCAAUACUUCGAAUUCGAACCUUUGGAAAAUACGAUCGAGUCUACGAAAAAGAUCGAAUUAUUCCGUCGUCUACGUCUAACAGUACCAGCGCGUGGUUCAGCAAGUACUGCGUUUUUGGUCAGCGUCGUGCGAGUUGGGGAAGCGCCUGUUAUCGUUGAGGCCACUGGGAAUGGCGUUUCCGCUUCUCUGUUUAGAACUAUUGAUGUUAAGGAUGGCUACCAAGAAGAAGUCUGGUCAUGGUCUCUCCUCGACGCUCGACGCGGAGUGGCCCGCGCUAACAUAUCUCUAUCUCCCGCACUCGGAACAAGAGUUGCUGCUGUAUCUUUAGAAGCAGCUGGAGAUCUAAUGGCGAACUCCUUCCGUGCGUUGAAAGUUCCAUCUACUGUUGCCGCUGAUGCUGCGUAUGCGUUACGACCAUUGGCUAGAGCUUGCAUACUGCUGGACUAUCUUCAGGAGACAGAGCAAGGUGAUGAAAUAACAAUAUCCAAAGAGGCGCGUGCUCAAGCUUCAUUUGGCUAUCAAAGGUUGAUGGCAUUCCGCAAGCCAGACGGAUCAUUCUCACAAGAAACAGGAGAAGAUGCUGAAUCGGAUGUUUUCAUGACAGCAACAGCAGCUCGCUGGCUGUCCCGCUCGAGCCGCUACGUGCCGGUUACACCAGCAGCUGGUGCAGCAGCUCGUUGGCUCGCAGCAGCUCAGGGAGCAGAUGGCGCUUGGACCGCUCCACCUGCACCGAGACGAAAUGCACCCGCGUUACAGACAUAUGCUCUCACUGCUCAUGCACUGAUCGCACUACUUGAUACUAAGGGCAGCGAAGUCCUCUACAAGAACGCGAUAAACAAAGGCGUGGACUACAUAGCACGUCACCUCACAGACGAGUUGGACGCGCAGGCACUCGCGCUAGCGGCCGCUGCACUAGCUGCUGCACGACACCCGCAAGCCACGCGAGCUUUAGAACUUAUGGAUAGAUACUCUAAUACUACUGCAUCCGCAUUAUUUUGGUCUCGCAAGCUACCCGGUUCUGAAUGGAGAAACCCUUGGCUAAAGGGCAACAGUUUGGAAGCGUCCACAGCCGCGUGGGCUCUCCGCGCCAUGUUGAACUCCAGGCUGGUGGAAGAAGGUGUUCCUGUAGCUAGGUACCUUCUACAAGCUUUAGACCCUCGUGAUCAGGAUCCUGAUGUUUUGGAUGCACUGGCCCAAUUUGCUGAAGCGAUAAAAACGUCCACUAAGUUAAGGGUGGCAGUUAAUGUCACGGGCUUCGAAGAACCUCGCCAGUUUAACAUCGACAGUGAUAAUGCCCUUAUCAUACAAACACAAUUGAUACGCAACAUCAGAUCAGCGAGUGCGAUAACAGAAGGGCGGGGGCUUGCAGUAGUGGGGCUCAGUGCUAAGGGCAGUACCAACGUGACAGCUGCUUGGCCCAGAUACACACUUGACCCGAGAGUAGACCAAGUUUCUACUAAGGAUCGUUUGCAACUCUCCAUUUGUAUUGGAUUCGUGCCAGUUGGAAAUGAAACAGAGAGUGGUUUAACACUCCUCACAGUGCAGCUGCCGUCGGGCUACCUUGCUGAUAUUAACACUAUAACUGAACUUACGGCUGCUCGUCACAUAGUGGGCGCGCGGUUACGAGCGGGCGGUGCGCGUGUAGUGGCUUGGUUACGUGCAUCUCGCGGUGAACGAUGCGCUACAUUGGCCGCGCCACGAGCUCUGCCGGUUGCUAGGCAACGGCCUGGAUGGGCCACGCUGAUGGAUCUAUACGAUUCGAGCCACCGCGCGCGCAUGUUCUUCCGCGCGGUAUCGAGCAGCGCGUGUGACGUGUGCCGCGCGUGGGCGUCGUGCGCGCGCGCGUGCGGCGCACUGGCCCCGCAGCGCGCACCCAUAGCUACCCCCGCCCCCGCACCUGAUGCCGCGCAUGCGCACUCGCCUGCACUUAGUGUUGUAGUGGGAUUGGUGCUAGCGCUACUGCUGAAAUGCUAAAAAUUAUAGUGCUAACCGGACCGCUUCAAGAAGUUGAGACCGACCGGCUUGAAGCCGCGACCACGCGAUGAACUACAGACAUUCAUUGACUGCCGUACACGGCCUACUCGAGCCGUCGCGACCCUUCAAGCCGUCAACUGCGCAGUUUGUAGCGAUAGCUCGAGCAGUCAACGACCGACCGCUCGAGCAGUCCGUGUAGAACCGUUCUAACUGUACACCUCCUCCGCCCCGCGCACCUAAUGCCGCGUACACACACUCGCCUGUAUUUAGUAUUAUAGUGGAAUUGGUGCAAGCGUUACUUGUGCGAUGUUAAUAACUAAUACCAAUUUGUACUCCUCCUAACAUCUCCGCCUCCACCCGUUAGUUUUUUCUUAAAAGAUUAGGCAUAAAAACAAUCACGAGUGUUAUAAAUAAUAAGUAAUAACUAUUUAUUACACUCGUGAUUGAUCAAAUAAAUUAUUUUUUGUGACACUAGAAACGCGUGUUACACGCUGUACGUCAUCGACGGAACAUAAUAUUUAGUGUUAUAUCGGGCUAGCACUAGUGUACUGAUACGAUGUUAAAUAAAGUGCGAUCUACAGCACCUUCGCGUAUGAAUUGUAGUGCUUGUAAAUAUCCAACGUGUACACAGCACACCCUUCACCAAAAGUAACAGUGCGAUUCGUAGUAGCCCAGUUGAGCUAAAUAAAAAUAGUGCAGUUGCACUGCGACCGCCGACCACACAUUUCGGACGUGCGCGCUCUACUGCUAGUACGAAUUGUAGUUAUACUAGCUAACUACUAGUUAUUAUUCUGUGGUUAUACUAGCAACUCUAGAACAACCACGAAACAUUUCGAUUCCUGGGAAAUACUGGUGCUGAAGACUGCACGAUUAAUACGUAAUGAAAAAAAACAGUGAAAAUUAACAGUUACUCGUGACUCGUCCCAAAAAAUAAUCUUCAUGAGAAAAUAUUUCGAAAAAAAAAUACUUAUAAAAUGUUAGAUACGGAUGAUACGCAUUAAGCAAUCAUUUUUUGUGAUAUACCUAAUUAAUAUUAUUAAGUAGGUACUAAUACUUGUACUAAUUAAAAAUAUGUAUAAAAACAAACUUAAUCUUCCGUUUCUUCUACCUAGUCACAGAUAUUCCGUUUUUAAUUGUACCUACAUGAUUUUUAUUUUUAUAUAUUUAUUUAGUGUACUAAUAAACUUGAAAUUUAUAUAAUGCCUCACCACUGUACCCUAGUAUUCUCCAGAAAAAUACUAUCACAUAUCGUUACACUUACAUGGCAGCUAGAUUGUAAUUUAUAGCAUUUUCUUCGUCAUAUGACGAAACAAGACGUCUUAAAUGCAGAAAUUAUGUACAAAUAUAGAAACUGCUAAGGCUGGUUGCAGAGCUUGACCGACCAUCAGUGCGUACGUCAGUCGCGAUUGUCAUAUGUAUGGAAAUUCAUAAAACCGUUCAUAGCUAGACCGA